AUCAUUAAUAGAGGCUGCACCCAUAACUCCGCCAUUAUUAAAUGACAUUCUUACGCAAUCGGAUAAACCUAUUUUGCUUUCUACAACAGAGACAUCGCCAUCACAUGCAACCCAAUCUCAAUCAGAAAAAGCCGAAAGGUCUGUUUCAAAGGAUACCUUGAAUUCUAUUGUUUCGACACAGACAAACCCAACACCAGUUACUGUUUCGAAUAAACCAGCAACCACAUUAGUGUUACUACCACCAAGCACAUUUAACAUGGAUACAGCAUCUGUAAUAUUUGAACCAGUUGACGAUUUCAGUAAUAUAAGUCCAUCUGCGUCAUUGGCGAUAACAACACAAACAAAAAGUUCAUUAUUGUCAUACAGAGAGUCGAAAUUAUACAUUUCUUCUUCUAUAUUUGAGGAAUUGUCAUCCGAUGUUCAAAGAAAAGAACCAUUAGCUUCCACAGCGUCGUUGUUGAAACUAGAAUCGACACCAUCUUCAACUGUAUUGAAUUAUCUCCAAACAGCAAUAAUAGAACAAUCUACUAAAUCUUCCGAACAAUCACCCCAAAUUUCCGAGGAACCAUCCCAAAGUUCCGAGCAACCGCCCCAAAGGUCAACUACAUUCCCUGUGUAUUCUUCAUCUGUGGAAAGUUCUAUAUCGGAUACGAUAUAUCCAGCUGAAACAGCAGUAGAAGCCAGCUCUGUUUCAUCUCUUACUAAAAAAAGUAUAUUUGUGAACGACAAUAAUUCGCAUUUAACAGGAAUCGUUUCUAGCGUUAUAGAUUCUAGCAGUUUUAUGAAAUCGCAAUAUCCUCCGGUACUAGAAUCCUUUGUGGAAGGAUCGUCUGAAACCAGCAUAUAUUAUGACACCGGAACAAGUAUCUCUAAGAAAGCUUUGCAAAUAACACCAACGUUGUCAUCUAUUAUAUCACAACAUACAGAAAAAGAUAUCGGCAAAAGCGCAAUGCCUUUUUCAGCUUAUAUUUUAUCUGAUAAAUCUAUAAUGACGUCAUCAGUAUCAAUGGAUAAUUCGUCAGUCGAAUAUGAGUAUGUCACUUCAUCAUAUGCAGAAACAGUUUCAAUUCCGGAAUCAUCAUUCUCUAGUUUGUCAGCUAGUUCUGUGUUGCCAUUUAAUGUAAAAUCUGACGUCACUUCCGGAUCAGAAUCACAACCACUUUCUCUGCCUUUAAUUACAACGCCACCUAUUCUUUCCACCUCUACGCUAGAUGUUGUAUCUUCUCAGAUCCUUUCUUUACCUCUAGCACUAAUUGACUCAUCUUCGUCCCUCCACGUUCCUGAACUAUCCACUUCGAGUCCAGUACAGCCAAUGUCAUCGUCAGGUCCGCUUCAGCCAAUGUCAUCUGACGCUCAAGUAGAGCCGACGUCAUCUGCUGCCCAGGUUCAGCCAAUGUCAUCGUCAGCUCAGGUUCAGCCAAUGUCAUCGUCAGCUCAGGUUCAGCCAAUGUCAUCGUCAGCUCAGGUUCCGACAAUGUCAUCGUCAGCUCAGGUUCCGCCAAUGUCAACGUCAUCUCAGGUUGAGCAACUGUCAUGGUCAACUCAAGUACAGCUGACGUCAUCUGCAGCUCCAAGUCAGCAAAUGUCAUCGUCAGCUCUGGUUCAGCCAAUUUCAUCUGACGCUCAAGUACAGCCGACGUCAUCUGAAGCUCAGGUUCAGCCAAUGUCAUCGACAGCUCCGGUUCAGCCAAUGUCAUCGUCAGCUCUGGUUCAGCCAAUUUCAUCUGACGCUCAAGUACAGCCGACGUCAUCUGAAGCUCAGGUUCAGCCAAUGUCAUCGUCAGCUCCGGUUCAGCCAAUGUCAUCGUCAGCUCCAGUUCAGCCAAAGUCAUCGUCAGCUCCAGUACAGCUGACGUCAUCUGAAGCUGCGGUUCAGCCAAUGUCAUCAUCAGCUCAAGUUCAGCCAAUGUCAUCGUCAGCUCCGGUUCAGCUAAUGUCAUCGUCGGCUUCAAUUCAGCCAAUGACAUCGUCAGCUCCGGUUCAGUCAAUGUCAUCGUCAGCUCCAGUACAGCUGACGUCUUCUGAGGGUGCAGUCCAGCCAAUGUCAUCGUCAGCUCUGGUUCUGUCAAUUUCAUCUUCAGCUCCAGUACAGCUGACGUCAUCUGAGGCUGCGGUUCAGCCAAUGUCAUCGUCAGCCCCAGUUCAGCCAAUGUCAUCGUCAGCUCUGGUUCAGCCGAUGUCAUCGUCAGAACAAGUUCAGCCAAUGUCAUCAUCAGCUCCAGUUCAGCCAAUGUCAUCGUCAGCUCCGGUUCAGCCAAUGUCAUCGUCAGCUCCGGUUCAGCCAAUGUCAUCGUCAGCUCUGGUUCAGCCAAUGUCAUCGUCAGCUCCGGUUCAGCCAAUGUCAUCGUCAGCUGCAAUUCAGUCAAUGUCAUCUUCAGAACCCGUUCAGCCAAUGUCAUCGUCAGCUUCAGUUCAGCUUACGUCAUCAUCAGAAACUAUUCAGCCAAUGUCAUCGUCAGAUCAUGUUCUGCCAAUGUCAUCGUCAGCACCGGUUCAGUCAAUGUCAUCUGAAGCUUCCGUUCAGCCAACUUCAUCUGCAGAUCAUGCUCAGUUUACCUCAUCUGACGCUCCUAUUCAUCCAUCUGCUUCUGAAACUCCUUUGCAGGAAACAUCAAGUGUUGCCACCGUGCAUCUGACAUCUACUCGGUCAUCCACUGAAGUUCAUGUACAACCAUCGCCUUCUGACACGCACGUUCAAACAACAACUUCUAUAGUACAUGUGCAACCAUCAUCUACGGAAACGCAUGCUCAGCCGACGUCAACUCAAUCCUAUGUACAGUCGACAACUGAGGUGUUCGCACAAUCAUCGUCUUCCCAAGCUCCAGUUCAGCCAAUGUCUUCAGAAGUUUCUGAACUACGCACGUCAACUCAGGCUCCCGUACAACCUUCAACCACCGAAGUUCCAAUACACAUGUCAACAACUGUGGCUCAUGUUCAAUCAAGCACUACCGAAGUUCAUGUACAGCUAUCAUCCUCUGAAGCCCCAGUACAACAAACUUCAAGACCAGUUACACCCACAGAAAGCCUUGUGCAGGCAACAACUUCUGGCGAAGUGCAAGGAACAUCAAUUGGAUUGGAAUCGCAAACUUCAGUAGUUUCUGUAUUGUCAACUGGGGAACCAGUUCAAACAUCUUCUGUACAACCAGUUUCAUCAACUGGAGUUCUGGUUCAUCCAUCAUCAACUCAAUCAUUGACAUCAUCAGAGGCUCAGGUUCAACCAACAUCUGGUUCAUCGGAUUCUCAAAUGCAGGCUUCGUCGUCAAGUGUUUUAAUGUCAUCAAUGGCUCCUACUCCAUCACUAUCAUCUGCAAAACCUGUGAUGACAACCGAUACCCCAGUGCAACAGUCGUCUGCAACACUUGAAAUGUCAAUCGAAGCAUCAACUCAAUCAUCAUCAUCCGUGUAUACUAUGUCGACAUCAGCCUUAGUUCAGUCAUCAUCAGUGGCUCCUGUCGCAUCAACUGAGAAAGCAGUUGAAUCUUCGUCGUCACUACAUUUGAUGUCUACCCAAACCCCUAUUCAACCGACAUCUACAAUAGCCGUCAAAUCAUCAGAGGUGUCAGAUCUGCAGUCAUCAUCAGUACCUGAUGUGUCAACUGGGUUUCACAUUCAGUCAUCAUCACCGGCACUCGUCACAUCAACUGGGGUACCAGUUCAACAAUCGUCGUCUUCACUACAUGUAACAUCAUCUCAAAUUAUAGUUCGACCCUCUUCUGCAGCGUUUGUCACAUCAACAGAGGCACCCGUUCAGUCGUCGUCAACUCCUGAUAUGUCAACUCAAGAUCAUGUUCAGUCGUCGUCAACUCCUGCUAUGUCAACUCAAGAUCAUGUUCAGUCGUCGUCAACUCCUGCUUUGUCAACUCAAGAUCAUGUUCAGUCGUCUUCAACUCCUGCUAUGUCAACUCAAGAUCAUGUUCAGUCGUCGUCAACUCUUGCUAUUUCAACUCAAGAUCAUGUCCAGUCGUCGUCGACUCCUGUUAUGUCAUCUCAAGAUCAUGUUCAGUCAUCAUCUGUAAAACCUGUCACAUCAACUGGAGAGUUGGUCCAACCGUCAUCGACCGCGCACGUGAUGUCAUCACAAGUCUCAGUUGAAAUCUCGUCUGCAUCACCAAUCGUAUCAACUCAGGCCCCAAUACAGUCAUCAUCGUCAACCCUUGUAACGUCAACUGAAAUUAUAGUUCAACCGUCAACUUCAGUACCUGUCACAUCAACUCAGGCCCAAGUUGAUACAUCAUCCUUAGCACCCGUAGUAUCAACACAGAUUGGAGUGCAGUCCUCGUCAUCGGCACAUGUCAUAUCAACGCAGGCCACAAUUCAAUCAUCAUCGUCAACAAUGUUGACAUCAUCAGAAUCACCUGUUCAACCAACAUCAUCAGCACCUGUUACAACGUCUGAAGCAGUUGAACCAUCAUCUCAACCAAUUUUCGCCUCCUCCACGGAGAGCCAUAUUCAGUCAUCAUCAUCAGAUGUUGUUGCGUCAACAGAGGCCCCAAUGCAAACAUCUACUCAUGUUCUUGUUGAAUCAACGUCUUCUGUUGUACAGAUGGUUAGUAGUUCUACAUAUGUACCGGCUGUUUCGUCAUCAGAGGCUGUAACAGCUAGUAUAGCCCCAUCUACAACUCUUACACUGACAUCUUCAGAAGUGCCUACAACAACGACAACAGAAGCGUCAACAACUCAAUCAACUUCAACAUCAACAACUACAGCAGCUGUAGUAUCAACGACACCUGAACCCUCAACAACACCUGAGGCAUCAACAACAACAACACAGGCAUCAACAACACCGACAACAACGACAACGCCAGUACCAACAACACAACCACUACCGGUUAUUACAUACCAAAUUGAUGGUUCGUUGAGAAUAACAGGCGGAGAAAGCUGGAGUGCCGCACUCACAAACAAAAAUUCACCAGAAUAUAUUGCUUUGGAGGAAAAAUUGCGCGAAAUGUUGAAAGAGGUUUAUGGUUCUGGUGCAUCUGGAUCUAGAUUCUACAGUGUAAAUCUGAUAACAUUCACCCAAGGAAGUAUUAUUGCAACUUUUAAACUGAAUUAUACCGGAAGUGGAGCUAUUAAUAUGACAGAGUUGAACAAUCACAUGAUAAGUAAAGUAGAAAGUGGUAGUUUCGGAGACUUGGUUAUAGACAAGGCGGCAAUAAGUCAUUCAAUUGCCAUUCAACCAUCAACUCCGGCACCGUCAACAACACAAGCAAUCCCAGCUUCAACGGAGAAGUCAACAGAAAAGUCAGAACUUCCGUUACCGCCAUGGGGUAUUGCUGUUAUUGUAUGUGGGGCAUUGGUUUUAAUUUUCCUUCUAACAAUGAUAGCCAUUUUGUGCACACGAAGACAGACGAGAAUGAUGAAAUAUCGAAUGUCUGAUGAUAUGGACCCGGAUGACAUCGGAUAUCGCCGUAGCUGGGGAAACGGAGAAACCAACCAUGCGUACGAUAAUAAACAAGAGGCCAUGGCAGUUAAUGAAGAAAUGAAACAUCCGGUUCCAUUUUUCGAUAUAGAAAAUAGUGAAACAAAAGAGUUAGAUCCACAAAAAACGACAGCAUUAUGAUAUACAGUUCCUUAGUCUAGAUCUUCAGCAUGUUUGAAUAUAAUUACAAUUUAGAGGAUUCUCCAAACAAUGGAUACUCAAGAUUUCCAAGUAACGGUAACGCUAAUUCUGUACCACGUGACCAUAUGCAAACAUUUUAUGAUAAAAACACUGCCACAUGGGAAACUCAUUUGUAGUGGAGCAUUUUAUAAUAGGACAGUAUUGGAAUUAGAGAUACGUUGAUUAAUUAAAAGAGCAUUGAACAACGAAGAUGAGGUCCGUACAUACAGUGUUAUGGACAAUGAACAACUGGUACUUGUUCGGGUUUUGACCAUCAAAUGGUCUUAUCAUAGGCUAUUAUAACCAUGAUUUAACCGAGACUUGCCGAGUACGAUUUUGAAAAAAGGUUGCGAUAGUUUAUUCUGUGACAUAGUCACAAAGGAUAUCGGUCAUUAAAUGGAACGUUCGUUUAUUGGAAGAACUUCCAAUAUAAUAGGCGUGCUCAAUUUUUGUAUUUAUUAUUGAAUUUUGUAUCAUGAAUUAUGUAUAUAUUAAGUUGUAGAAUAAUAGUUGGGGAAUUGGGUUUCAUAUCACAAUAAAAACCCCAAACAUUCUCAAAUACACCAGUUGUUAACAAUUCAAGAAAAAUGCGAAAUAUUCGAAAUGAUUAACAUUUGUGGUAAGCAUUCAUAAUAGAAGUAAAAUUCAUAACUCGGAGCAAACAUCAUGGUUCAAUUUUGUGUCUUUAAAACAAUUAUAAGCCAUCCGAUUUUGAUAUAGUUCUGGAUAGAUUUCCUCUAAAAAUAAUUGGAUCACAUAAGUGUUAUGCAUAUUUAGAAAAAGAAAAUGACCCAUUGGUACCGCCUUAACUAACACUCUAAUAAAUCAGUGGAAACUCAAUUUAGUUUAAUUAAUUGUUGAUUUGUAUACAUAGAAUUAUUUGUUGAUAUAUUUAUACAUUUUUAUUUUUACAUUUAUAUCCUAUUUGUGAUUAUUGUUAUGUCUGGUUUACACCUUGUGCUAGCUGAUGAACUUUUGUGACGAAUCUGCAGGCUAAGAAGGUGUCUUUCAAAGCCUUAUAUUUUGCAUUGAUGGGUGUUGAAUUAAAGUUAACAGUACGAAUUUCAAAUAAUAGUGAUACUUCAAUAGGAAUCACUGACUCAUGAAAUAUAUUUGAAAGUUAUCUGUAUUAGUCAAUGAUAAGCAUAUUUACAGUCCUGACUAUAUGGACUAUUUUGACAAUAUUACUGAUUUUUAAAGUCUGAAAACUUUUUCAAAUUUAAACUGUAACAGGUUUGUGAUUUGUUUAUUCUUUACUGUAAAAUAGUUGUGAAAAAAACCCACAUUCCAUAAAGAAUAAAGUUAUUCCAAUAAAUUGCCUAAAUUAUAUAUUUAUAUAUUUUUGUACUUAGACAUUUAAGAUGAUUUGUUUAGGAUUUAAUUCCUGUUUCAUAUUUUGUAAAUAAAUUGAUAUACUUACUAAAAGGGAGGGUCUGUCUAAUUAAUCAAUGUUAUUUACUACCGAUAUGAUCUAGUUUAAUGAAGUGAAAAUUGUAAAGUUUGCUGAAUGUUUACUUGUCAUAUAAAACAAUUCCUAAAAAUUAUACAAGUUUUAAGGGUAACUACUGUUUUGACGUCUCUAUUUACUUUAUUUCGCCGGUGUAACCUUGCAUUAUUAUAUUUAGCCAAUAUUUAUAACAAAAUUGUUUAACUUAAUUUAAUUCCGUUUCACCAUGUCUCAGAUAUUUGUGAUGGUAUAUUAAUAUAAAAUGCAAGAACGGUUGUACACUAGUCAAACCCUCUGUGGUGUUAUUGAUAUUAAAAGGUAAACACCAUUAAGGGAAGCUUGAUGAACAACAGUUCCUUCAAUAAUGAUCACCAGUCUCACAUUUACAAUAAAACAAUCAUUUAUGCUGAUCUCUUAUUCAAUACCAAUAUCUCAAUGGUAUUUUUAAACGGAAUGUAAGGUAAAAAAAUAAUUUGUUUAUUUUGUCUCAACAUUUUUUUAAAAGUAUUUGAUCUGAAUUGUCGUACAAUUUAUUUUAAAAAGUAAAUGUCUCACCUGAUGUACAUGUAGCUGGUAGAAUUUUAAGCGGUAGAUCCAGGUUAAUGGUAUUAAAUCUAAGUCAGUAACACGUUUUAAAAGAUAGUUCUUUCAAUGCUUUCAACGACAUUUCCGGUAAAACAAUCUAGGUUACUAAGAAGUUUAGAAUAAAAUGACAAAGUGACCUUGACCUUGGUCUAGUAGUACCCUUAAAUUCUUACUUAAAUUAGUCAAUCAAUUUAUUUAUUGAAUUAAUCAAAAUAAUAAAUUUGUAUUAAACUGCUAAAUGCUCAAUGCCAAAAUGUGUAUUUUGAUAACUGUAAUGAAUUUUUCUGUAUAAUGAGGUAUUAAUUUAAAUAGAAGGUUUAUGAUAAUUUACUUGGACUUCAUUUUUAUUGUCGUAAUCAGUUUACUAACUUGAGGAACUUUCGUUUAUAUUUUUAUUGUAAUAUGUUAGGAAUAUGUAUAUUAAGAGAAAACAAUAUAUCAAUUUCCAUAUCUGUCGCUGGUAGAAUAACUAUUCAUUAUUUAUAUAAUAGUAGGUUAAAUUUACAUUAAUAUAUGCAUAUAUAUUAUAUGUGUGUGUAUCUAUGCAAUAUAAUUGAUAAAAUACGAUAUUAUUAGUGAUGUGUGUAUGUAUGUGUAUGAAUAUAGUCAUGAAAAUAUGCAUUAAUCAGUAAAACAUUCAAACAAGAUAAUAUAAAACGGCGAAUUUAUAAACUAGUCCCUUCUUGUGAAGAGACAC